CAAACGUUUUUUUUAGUGGGACAUGCUAUUACGGCAAGCAAAAAUUAGUGUUAGUUUUUAUAUAUAAAUUAAUUAAUAAAAUUAGCAAUUAAUUACACUUAAGAGUGUAAAAAGUGUUUAACUAUUAUAUAGUUGUUAAGAUUGUAAACAAUUUAAAUUGUUUAUUUCUUGUAAAAUGGAAACUGAAUUGAUACAAGGCAAUGUUAACCCUCUGGCAGCACCCGUGACAGCAGCGUCUCAUACUCAUAGUUUUGUUAAUGCAUUAGUGGCUGGUGGAGUUGCUGGUAUGGUUGUGGAUAUAGCAUUAUUUCCCAUAGACACGGUUAAAACACGUUUACAGAGUGAAAAAGGCUUUUGGCGUUCUGGCGGUUUCAAAGGAGUGUACAAAGGUUUAGCACCUGCUGCAGCCGGUAGUGCUCCCACAGCCGCCUUAUUUUUCUGUGCCUAUGAAAAUUUUAAAACUUUAUUCAGCAAUGUAGCAGGAUGUACGAAAAAUUCACCCUAUAUACACAUGAUUUCAGCUUCAAGUGCAGAAGUGCUUGCCUGUUUAAUACGGGUGCCCGUAGAAAUUGCCAAACAACGUAGACAAACUCUAGGAAAUAAAUCGCAGCAGGGAGCUUUACAGAUACUAUGGACUGCUUAUAAAACAGAGGGUCUAAGAAAGGGUGUUUAUCGGGGUUUUGGUUCUACCAUAAUGCGUGAAAUACCAUUUAGUUUUAUACAGUUUCCUCUAUGGGAAUUCUUUAAAUUACAAUGGACUCCUAUGACGGGAUUGGAUUCUACACCAUUUUCGGUGGCAUUAUGUGGUGCUGUAGCUGGUGGUAUUUCAGCUGGUUUAACUACGCCUUUAGAUGUGGUUAAGACAAGAAUUAUGUUGGCCGAACAGAAUAGUUCGAUACGGAAAUUGCCCAUACCAAAAGUAUUGUCUUCCAUAUAUCGUGAAAGAGGUUUCAAAGGUUUAUUUGCCGGUUUUGUGCCUCGUGUUAUGUGGAUUACCUUAGGUGGCGCAUUUUUCUUUGGUUUUUAUGAUUUAACCUGCCGUCUAUUGGGUGCAGAGAGUAAUACAGCAAACAAUGCUUAGUUUUUUGUUUUGUUAUACUUUCUAAAAUAAUUGAAUAAAUAUAUUUAAUAAAUUUUCACUAAAUAUUACUUUAAAAUUUAA